AUGAGUGUAAUAUAUAUAGGGGCGAUACUUAUAUUUGCAAUAGGAGUGCUCGGGGUGAUAUUGAAUAGAAACAGCUUUAUAAUAAUGUUAAUGUCGAUGGAAUUGAUGUAUUUGGGUGUUGUGUUGUUAAUGGUAUUGAUUACAUCGGCAUUCGAUGACAUGACGGGGGUGAUAUGGGCGAUUGCCAUCAUUACGGUAGUAGCUGCGGAUUCUGCCAUCGGGCUGUCUAUGUUGGUUGCUUUCUAUGUAACGCGGGGGAGCAUUAACGUAAAAUCGCUAAAUGUCUUAAGAGGGUAG